GCGAUGGUGGCGGCGCUGCGUUAUCUAGGGGGGGCCUGCAGAGGGGCCCGCGGGGCUCUCCGCGGGGGCUUCCCCAGGGCGUGCGGACCAGCGUGGCGGAGGCCCUGGUCUCUGUGCAGAGGUGACCGUAGCGCCAGCACCAGCUCAUUUGAUGUAGUCAUUGUCGGAGGUGGAAUUGUGGGGCUUGCCUCUGCCAGAGCACUCAUCCUGCGACAUCCGGCACUUUCGAUUGGUGUUGUGGAAAAGGAGAAAGACUUGGCUGUUCACCAGACUGGACAUAACAGUGGGGUCAUUCAUAGUGGAAUUUAUUAUAAACCUGAAUCUCUGAAAGCUAAAUUAUGUGUACAGGGUGCAGCCCUCAUGUAUGAGUACUGUAACCAAAAGGGAAUUUCCUACAAGCAAUGUGGCAAGCUUAUAGUAGCCGUUGAACAAGAAGAAAUUCCCAGACUUCAGGCCCUGUAUGAGAGAGGCCUGCAGAAUGGUGUCCAGGGCCUGAGGCUGAUCCAGCAGGAAGAUAUAAAGAAGAAGGAGCCAUAUUGCAGGGGUCUAAUGGCUGUAGAUUGUCCAUACACUGGCAUUGUGGACUAUCGGCAGGUUGCUUUGUCCUUUGCCCAGGAUUUCCAACAAGCGGGUGGUUCUAUCUUAACCAAUUUUGAAGUAAAUGAUAUUGAAAUGGCUAAAGAAAGCCCUUCAAGAAGUAAAGAUGGGAUGAAAUAUCCAAUUGUUAUAAAGAAUACAAAGGGAGAGGAAGUUCGGAGUCAGUAUGUUGUGACAUGUGCGGGGCUUUACUCAGACCGCAUUUCCGAGUUAAGUGGCUGCAAUCCUGAUCCUCGAAUUGUACCAUUCCGGGGAGAUUAUCUGCUGCUGAAGCCAGAAAAAUGCUAUCUUGUAAAAGGGAACAUUUAUCCGGUGCCAGAUAGCCGGUUUCCUUUCCUAGGAGUCCACUUCACACCAAGGAUGGACGGCAGCAUUUGGCUAGGACCUAAUGCAAUUCUUGCCUUUAAACGGGAAGGUUAUAGACCCUUUGAUUUCAAUGCCAGAGAUGUUAUGGAUAUAAUUAUCAAUAGUGGCUUGUUUAAACUGGUGUUCCAGAAUUUUUCCUACGGAGUUAGUGAAAUGUAUAAAGCCUGUUUUCUUGGUGAAACAGUGAAGCACCUUCAGAAGUUCAUCCCGGAAAUUACCAUCGGUGAUAUCCUCAGAGGUCCUGCUGGAGUACGCGCCCAGGCCCUGGACAGAGACGGAAAUCUGGUAGAAGAUUUUGUAUUUGAUGGAGGAGUUGGGGAUAUUGGAAGUCGCAUUCUUCAUGUGAGAAAUGCACCUUCCCCUGCUGCCACUUCUUCGCUUGCAAUUUCUGAAAUGAUUGCAGAUGAAGUGCAGCAAAGAUUUGAAUUAUAAAUCAUGAAAGGAGCUAGGUAUGCAUUGUAAUUGCACAUCUGCAACAGUUGUGUACUGGUUGCAUCCUUCCAUUUUAAUUUAAGAAAAUGUUUUUAAGAUAGCAUUUUUAAGGCAGAGAUAACUGCUGGAUUGUUAAAAUGAUGUAACAUAUGAACAUUUUUUUUAACUAAGAUCCAUGUUCUUUUACUUUGUGAAUAAAGAGGCGUGAUACAGCUGUAUCUGUUCCGAAUCCCUGGCUUUGCUAAUACCCUGUCCUUAGCAACCAUGAGUCAGAGAAUAUUUGGCUCUUGUAGAAUUUGGGAGAAUGAUGUUAUGAAAAUCUGAUUUUUUUUCCCUUAAGUCAGUUUUUUAGUGUUGUAAUACGUGAGCUUUUUAGUCUGUCCUAGAUAAGAAAAUAUGAUAUAGCAUAAGUUGUAAACAUUCUCUUAAUCUUGAAGAGUCAUAGAAGAGCUCACAUUAUUUAGAGCAACAUUAUUUGUAUUUGAAAUUAAAAACUCUUGAUUUGGGGGUGGGCUUCUGGCCUCACAGUGAAGACGCCGGUCGAGGUGCCCAUGUCCCGUGAUGGAGUGCCUGGGUUCGAUUCCCGACUCCGGCUUCCAGUUCCAGCUUCCUGCUGAUAUAGACCCUGGAGGCCGCCACCAAUGGCUCCCAUAAUGAGGUCUCUGCCACCCACGUGGGCAACCUCCAUUGUGUUCCUUGCUUCUGACUUUGGCCUGACCACACCACAGCUUUGGAAGGAAUUAGAUUCUACCUUAGCUCUCAUUUGUGAGAAAUAACUUGGCAGAACGACUCAAAACCUUUGUGACACCUGGGCCCCUUAUAGCUGAUGUGGUGAGGGGUCUCCCUAGGGUCUCGCAGUGGUCCGCCCUGCCAGACUGUUGCCUGCUCUUCAGUCUUCUGUGACUAAGAAACUAGAAGGACGUAGAACAGGUAGGAUUUUACAAGAGCAGUUUAAGAAUCUUAACCCUGAUGUAUAGAACUGGAAUUAAAAUAAUUUUUUUUCCUCUCUUAUAUAUCCGUUCUUCGGCCACACGAGGGUUCUCAAGACGUUGGCCAGAAUCGCUAAUGAGUCACGCGUAUGUGGUUUUUCAGGGCUUCUGUGAAUUUUAUGAGGUUACUUCUCCGCUUUGGGUUCACACCUUCACUUUGAGGCAUUCACUUUUGUCAGCCGCGAAAGUGCCUUACGUCCACACGCACUUCAUGAGUCUCUCGAGUCGGUGCCCAGUGCUGUGUUGUAUUCUGUGUGUUUGCGUGUGGCUUCUCUGCUACAAUGAUGCUUACUGUUUUGGAAAGUUGGGGAAUAGAAACGAGAACGGCGACGCGGCGACCUGACUGGGGAAGCCAUGGUAACAGAGCCCUGUCCAGGGGGACGUUGCCAUCCGUUCUCUCACGUGGGCUCUCUCCUUUCCCUGUCUCGCUCUCUCUUUCUCCAAAGUUCUGUGAGGACUCAGAAGGAUGUGCAUUUUGGUCGACAGGAAAAGCUUCUGUUUGCUGCCUUUUCACUUCAAGACUUGAUGAUCACACUGACUGAGCUACCUCAUCCAUUAAUCUGCAAGGACAUUCAUCAGCUUAUGUUCAAGCAGCAGCACAUCCCAGGUGCACAGAACAGGCAGUCACUACUCAACACUGGGGAUGGACACCCUGAAAA